GCAGAGCUGACCUGCUGGUAAAGGCUGUUUUGAUAUAAACAACGAGUCACUGGGCUGUAGCGAACAAACUGUAAAGUUAUGUCCCACCCAUGUGACACUGUAAAAAUAGUCCCGAUUGCACAUGUGGCCAAGUUCCUACUCAGAUAUCAAAACAAGCCCACUGAGCAGAAGGCCGUUUAAAAGAUCCCAGGCCUUUUAGUGUCUAGACCAAAAGAAGCUAGUGUGAAGAUUGUCUAGACAUGUCUAGAAGGACUCCCAUGUAUAAUCCAAGCUCUCUGCGCUCUUUAGAGCAGGAGAGACACCAGAUGAGACUGGCUGCCCCGGUUCUCAGUGGGUACCUGCUGAGGAAAGAAGCCCGGGACCGAGGGACGUCUUCGAGGCAGACCUUGGGAAACCCUCCGAUGGUGUGCCGAGACCUUGUUGUUCAAAACGCCCUGUACACUGGAAAUGUAGAGGCCGUGAAAGAGCUCUUCUCCAAAGGCUAUCCUUCAGACCUGCUCAUCCAGCCCCAGGGAGGAGACAUGCGCUGGGUCGGAAAUGGAAAAGUGAGAGGACUGUGGUCACUGACGUAUGAACAAGAGCUGACCACGCCACUGCACAUCACCGCUGGCCGGGGUUUCACCGAAUGUCUGCGGCAUCUCCUCCUGAGGGGCGCUCGAGUGGACCUGGCACCUGGGGGCACCACUGCCCUGCAUGAGGCCUGUGAGGAGUGCCAGCCUGAGUGCGCCAAGCUGUUGCUGCAGUACGGAGCCAAUGCCAACGCAACCAAUGAAGACGGGCAGAUGCCCCUGCACGUGUGCACUGAACUCGACUCCCUUGAGUGUGCCAAACUUCUACUUGCGUUCGGCGCUUUGAUCAACAGUCAAAGCUUGGAUGAGAACGACACGCCCCUUCAUGUGUCGGCCCGCCAUGGCCUUCCUGGUCACGUGGAGCUCUACCUACGACACGGAGCUGCGCUAAACCUGCAAAACGACGAAGGAAACACACCACUGAAUGCCGCCUGCUCCCAGCCACAGGACUGCACAUCUCUACAGCGCUACAGCCGUGUUUGUCACAUGCUGGUGGCUGCUGGGGCCGAUGUACAGGCCAGUGAUGCAGACAAGCAGACUCCACUGCACAUGGCAUGUAAAAACGCUAACCCUGACGUGGUGGAUCUACUGCUUAAGCAUAAAGCCUUGGUCAACGAAAUGGAUUACGGUGGUGACGCACCAAUGCAUAACAUCCUGAAGGUGGUGGCCUACAAGACGGACCAUGAGCCUGAGAGGAUCGUGCAGGCACUUCUCAAUUACGGCUCCAUCAGGGUGUGGCCUGGAGCUCUGCCCAAGGUGUUGAAAUAUUGCUGCACAUCUCCACGAACAAUAGAAGUGCUCUUCAACGCCUAUGACCGCCUCAAAAUCACUGACGCCUGGGUAGAAGCUAUUCCUCCUGAGGUCUUUCAGAAACACCGGGAAUUCUACGAAUCCCUGUUUGCACUGGCCCAAACUCCUCGAUCUCUACAGCACCUGGCCCGCCACAGACUCCGAGCGUUUCUGGAAGGUCGUUUGCAUUGGGUGGUUCCUAAACUGGGUCUGCCAACCUUUCUUAAAAAUUACAUAAUGCUGGCAUUCAAAGACCAUAUGCACUGAGAGACCACAAACCUGAAACUAGAACACACAAGCAUGCAGGGAUUGAGUUUUGUACCAUGAAGUCAUUGAGUUUUGUUUUAUUCUUUGUGAUUCUGAAGGAUUUGUGAUUGAAGAUUGUCCUGUCUUUACCAAAGACGAUACGAUCAGGUGGUGAUUUUAUAGGAAAUCAUUAAACGGAGGUACUUCUUAA